AUGUAUUCAAAUCUCCAUCCAAAAUUUCUCAUCCUGCUAGUCGCUGCGCUGGUCACCGCCACAUGCAUCUCCAUCAAGCGCUUCCUCAUCCGGCGCCAGUUCGCACGCAAGCACGGUUGCCAGCCAGUAGCAAGAUCCUUUAGCAAAGACCCCUUCCUAGGCCUCGAUACUAUCCCGGAGACCAUCCGCGCACUGAGACAGCACAAGAUUCUCGAACGGAGUGUCCAGCUCUUCCGCCUCUACGGCAACACAUUCACAGUAAAAGAGCUACAGAAACGCGCCAUUCUCACCAUAGAGCCAGAAAACAUCAAAACGAUCCUCUCACUGAAAUUCAACGAUUACGGCCUCAGCCACCGGCUUGAACCCUUCAAACCACUACUUGGCGAGGGCAUCUUCGACACCGAUGGCGCGCACUGGGCCUCGUCGCGUGCCCUAAUCCGACCUAGCUUUACUCGCGAUCAAGUAGCUGACUUGACAGCGUUGGAGGACUUGAUGCAGGAUCUCUUCGCGCUGCUACCAAGAGAUGGGGAGACAGUCGUUGACCUGCAGGAGUUGUUUUUUCGGUACACGAUCGACUCCGCGACUGAGUUCCUGUUCGGAGAAUCCGUGGGGACUUUGAAGAAGACUCAGUCUGAGCUUGGAUUUGCGCAUGCCUUCCACUAUGCCCAGAAGGCUAUCAUCACGCGAGGCAUGCUGGGUCCACUGGCCGUAUUCUACCGCGAUCAGAAGGCAGAUGAGUGCAAUCGCGUCUGCAGGGAGUUCGUCCAGCGAUUCGUUGACGAGGCAUUUCACGCAGUGGAGACGAAGCGCCAGAAGCGUAUUUUCUCACAUGAACUGGCGGCGCGGACAUCCUAUAAGCGCCGCGUUCUGGAUGAGCUGAUGAAUGUGUUGUUAGCCGGCCGUGACACGACUGCUAGUCUACUGAGCAAUCUGUUCUUCAUGCUGGCGAAGAAGCCAGAUAUUUGGGAUAAGUUGCGUGCAGAAGUAGCUUGUCUACAGGGCCGCACACCAACUUAUGACGAGCUCCGCGGCCUGAGAUAUGUCCAGUGCUGUAUAAAUGAAUCACUACGUUUACACCCCGUUGUCCCACGCAAUGAACGCCAGGCGGUGCGGGAUACCGUCCUCCCCCUUGGAGGAGGCGACGAUGGUCUCUCACCCGUCUUCGUGCCCAAGGGGACCAUCGUAUCCUACAACAUCUACGCAAUGCAUCGGCGGCCAGACUUCUACGGGCCAGACGCAGAGGAAUUCCGGCCGGAGCGCUGGGAAGACGGAAAACUGCAGCCGCGCUGGGGUUAUCUGCCGUUUAAUGGCGGCCCGCGCAUCUGCAUCGGGCAGCGGUAUGCAUUGACGGAAGUUAGCUACGUUCUUGUCCGGAUGGUGCAGGAGUUCCGGGUCCUGGAGAGUCGGGAUCCGGGACCGUGGGAGGAAUCGCUGGCUUUGACGCUGUGUUCGCGGAAUGGAACGAGGGUGAGUCUUAUUCCUGGUUGAAGUCAAGGACAUAGAUGUCCAUACAGUACCAUAGCCCAAUUCAAAGAGUAGAG